GAGAAUGUACUGAAUUUAACAUUAAUUGUGCCACAAGUGUGCAGAGCGAGGUACUCACACGUUUGCUUGGCCCAUUUGUUUAUCAAGUUUCCUCACUGUGGCCAAAGAGUGACUUUUCCGAACUGAUAGCGGGCAGGUUUCCCCUGCAGUUUUCCCUCUCAUAAAACUUCGGAUUAAAGUGGCGUUCCUGUGAGUUCUGUGUGCUCCAAUAAUCCUCAUCAUCAUGCUGAAGACCCGCCAAUGUUUACUUGGCGUCCGCACUUUUCUCGGCGUGACGUCUAGACUAUGGGGCUUCAUCAUGUACAUCCUCAGGAAGCACCUAAGAACGAUAAUCCAGUAUCAGACGGUGCGAUACGACACUUUGCCUCUGUCGCCGAUCUCCAGAAACAGACUCAAUGCGGUUAAGAGGAAGAUCCUGGUACUGGACUUGGAUGAGACGCUAAUCCACUCUCACCACGAUGGCGUCCUCAGACCCACAGUGCGACCGGGAACACCGCCAGACUUCAUUCUUAGAGUUGUCAUUGAUAGGCACCCAGUAAGAUUUUUUGUACAUAAAAGGCCACACGUCGACUUCUUUUUAGAAGUGGUGAGCCAGUGGUAUGAACUGGUGGUUUUCACAGCCAGUAUGGAAAUUUAUGGCUCAGCAGUGGCAGACAAGCUGGACAACAACAGGAACAUUCUGAAACGUAGAUAUUACAGACAGCAUUGUACUUUCUCUGUCUCUUUUCAGCAUUGUACAUUGGAUUUAGGUAGUUAUAUUAAAGACCUUUCUGUAGUACAUGAUGACCUGUCCAGUAUUGUUAUCCUGGACAACUCGCCUGGUGCUUAUCGUAACCAUCCAGACAAUGCAAUACCAAUCAAGUCCUGGUUCAGUGACCCUAGUGACACAGCACUUCUUAACUUGCUGCCUAUGCUGGACGCACUAAGGUUCACUGCCGAUGUACGCUCCGUCCUCAGUCGAAACCUUCACCAGCAUCGGCUCUGGUGAUUGGCUGAAUGAAGAGAUGUGGGACUUGUUGACCAGCCUCUUCCUACCUGCCGGCUUCUUCCUUGCCCAGCAUCCCCCCAGCUUCCUACAGACGACCCACCUGCCCUCUUUCUCACACGUGUCCUAAAGAGAAGAGCGUUGGGGGGGCCGGCUGCAGAGCAUGGGAUGUACGAACAGUAUGGGAUUUACCAGAGCCCCAAAACUCCUGGGUAGGGAGGGUGGGAGGGAGAGCCCGCUUUUUUCUUUUUUCUCUUUAAAUCUUUAUUUGUAUUUUUUUUUUCCAAAACAAACGGAGCCUUUUCUGCCUUACAGCUCCUGAUACUGACUGUGUGUUUGGAGGUGAGCUUGUGUAUGUGAGAAAACUGUCUGAGUUGAUUAGUCUUUAGAAUCUUUUUGGAAACUGGGAGAAAGAGAGAUCAGCACAGCAACAAAGACUGAUCCAGUCCUUAUCAAUACUUUUUCCUCUCCGGGCCACUACCGGACAUUGCACUUCAGCAAACAACUCAUCAAACAGGGAGAAAAUGGGAAGGGCAUCCUAUCCCAACAGUGAUUCACUAAUGUCAGAAGAUACUGUUUUGUCUGUUUUUUUUUGCCCCGUAAUGAAUCAUCUCACAUGAAGUAAUUGAACAUUUUCUUGAAAUAUACCACCCUUUGACAUUUUCCUGGACAAAUAGCCUGGGCAGUCUUUUUUAUUAGUAUUAUUAUUAUUUCUGUCUCUCCUCAGCUAUCACUCUUUUCCACAGAGCUCCCAGUGGGACUCAGUGAUAAAGGACUUGACUGAAAAUGUUGGGGAAAGAAAAAGAAUGACUUGUGACCAUAUUUGGACUGUUGUGCCGCCUUUCCAUAUCUGAUUGUUUUUCUGUUCUCCAUAGUACCCCACUCAUGAUGGGUUUGACUAUUAGACUUCUGUCUUUGAAUGCCUUCUGAACAAUAGCAGUCAUGUUAGGGCUGACUGGGUUCUCAUUGGCUCUGUCUCCAGGUCUGUGUUACUAAUUAAACACUUGUCAGUAUCGGCCAA